ACGCCACAAAGGGAGAAUUGUAAUGGUAAACAAACGCGUCAUUCCCGUAUUGAUUUGGCCAAUUAUUACUUUGAUGGGAGUAUUUUGCUGCAUCGCGCGGAGUGAUACGAACCGAGGCAGAGGGUGGUUAGAGUAGCUGGCGGAACUGUAGAAUGAGCGUAAACAAACUACAAAUGCAGUAAAACCUCUGCGAGGCGAGGAGCACAUCUCCGAUCUCCUCGCUGUCAAUAGGGUGGGUCAGACGAGACCAACUUUGCAAAAUGAAUAAAUGAACAUACGACUCAACGGAGCGCCGUCGAGAGUAUGACUGUGCUCAAGACUUUUUAAUUUUUAGGGGGGGGUAGAAGUUGCAGCGAUCAUGUCGUUUUACACUUGUGUGUGGAACACGCUAAGGAUAAGCUAUCUUGCUAACGUGGCUUUUUUCCUCCCCGAAACAACACGUCAAACAAAGUCACGUUAUCCCUUCUCACGGCCAAAAAUUCAAUAAAUGGCGUGUGGCGGUUAGGAAAUGGUCAUUCUAGCCAAAUCGAGGGCAAUAACGCCAUGACUGACGCCGUCAAUGAAGCGACAAUGGCGAGCGAGUUGCUUCGAUGCAAAAACAAUGCAAACGGUCAGUAAAAGUAACACGCACCCUGGUUAUCUUUCAAUAAGCACGUCAUAGUUGGCCACUUUCUCUUUUUAGUCACAAUAGAUAGGGAACAAAGUCGAUCAAAGUCAAGGAAGGGACCAUUAACGCUUAGGCUAACGUGUGCUUACAUUGGGGCGUAGUGUAUUUGCUGGUAACGUGCCACUUGCCGUAGGUAGGGAGUUGCGCCUUACUUUAUUGAAUCUUGGAAAACAUUUCAAUUGCGUCCUAAUGUCGUCAAGGUAUUUUCAUGAACGAGGCUCCGACGUGCCUCAAUUGGGCGACGAUGCGGUUAAACCGUGGCGUUAGCACCGCUUGACGCUUGGUCGUUUCAGGAAUUAGACGGCACUCAAUUCUCGGUGGCAGGCUUGGUUUCAUCGGGAGGACGAGAAAACGAGUUUUUCAAGACAGACACCAUGUGCGCUCGCUAAAAUGCGGAUUAAUAAGCGAAUCGUUGAUUUAACGCGUCAUGAAAGUCAAGUUGCUGCGCAAAUGGUUCCAUUUUACUGUGGAGUAAACUGAUGCAUGUUCAAUGGAUCCUGCUUAACUAGUUGGUUUUUGUUCAGCCAUUUUGACUUGCCAAAGACUACUAGUAAUAGUAGUAGUAUGUAAUAGUAGUAGUAAUGUGACUAUCAACAGUAGUAUGUAAUAGUAGUAGUAAUGUGUGAUAGUGGAAUUCACUUAUUCCUUUCAACUAUUUGGAGGAAACACACAGCGGUGUUACUGGUUCAGCCUGGCUAGUUCAUCGCUUUUAUCGACCAUUUUUGCUUUCUUGCGACUACUAGCAGUUGUACCAGUGCCACACUACGCUCGCUGGUAGUCGUAGCAGUUAGAAUCCAGUGUCUUCUUUUAACUGGAGUAAACAAGCAACCAUGUGAUGUUGAACUGAGCCUGCCCAGCUGUUUUUCUAUUUUAAGCAGCAGUAGUACUAGUAAUAGUUGUCAAAGUAGUGUGACAGGGGAAAGAACACAAGGCCUUCUGUUUCCACUAAUAGAAGCAGCCUUCGAUCGUCGGUCGGUUGGAGCCAAAUGGCAGGCGAGCGAGAGCCAGUUAAUGUGAAACAAAGCUUUAAGGGCAGAGGAGAUUGAGAAAUCAUAGCCACGGCUUGCCGGUGUUGUGCUUGCAACCGGAGAGAGGAGGGAGCCAUAGAGCUGCCAUGCCACCGCUGCUGCACAGAUCACAGCUUGUGCGGAUUAGCAAACUUAAUCUUAACAUGGCUGCCGCCGCCGCCAGUGCUGCAAUUGAGGGAAGAUGAAAGAUGGAUAUUGUUGUGAAGGCCUUCCUUGAUAUUGUUGUGAAGGCCUUCCUUUCGCUCAACAGACCUUGGACAGCCCAUUCAAUGGCCGCCACCUUUGUAAAUGAUCUUUAAAAAGCCCCUUUAAGUCAUAGAACACACACAAAACACAACAGAAAAGUGGAGCAUUGUUUUGCAUUUGAUCUGUCCAUACAAGAUGCAUUGCACUAAUAGACUGUGACUACAGUAACCGUGGAUGACCAUCAGGUGGCGCUGCUUCCCCAGUGAUUGGUAAAUUGUUCUUGGUGCUUUGAGCGUCUGUGUAGCCCUUUCUUUCUUUCUUUCUUUCUUUCUUUCUUUCUUUCUUUCUUUCUUUCUUUCUUUCUUUCUUUCUUUCUUUCUUUCUUUCUUUCUUUCUUUCUUUCUUUCUUUCUUUCUUUCAGGUGGAUGGCUGCAACAAACAGUUGAAGAAAGGUGACGCCACCCUCUUGGUGGAGGCCAUCGCCAUGCUCCCAACACAAGUAAUAAUGUUUUGCACGACACCUGUGGGCCAAAGGUGGUACUGCACCAAACAUGAUCCGGUGACUAUAACGACAUACUUACUACCACGCUUAAAUCAAUGUCUAUUUAACUUGCAUCCAUAUUUAAUGUGAAUAUCAUUGAAGUGUUGUCAUUUGAAAAUGCAUUUGAAGCAUCUAUCUAUCUAUCUCUCUCUCUCUCUCUCUCUCUAUCUCUAUCUCUAUCUCUAUCUCUAUCUCUAUCUCUAUCUCUCUCUCUCUCUCUCUCUCUCUCUCUAUCUCUCUCUCUCUCUCUCUCUCUCUCUCUAUCUAUCUAUCUAUCUAUCUAUGUAUGUAGCAUUUAAAAAUAACAGAAGUGGCGGGGCCUUGGUGAGUGACGUGGAGCGUCAGGUUGCUGUGUUGAUGCAGGCAGAAAAGCAGCGCAAAUGUGCGCCUGCUUUGGGGCUCAUAUUACGAGAAGGCACGGGGGCGCUGCACCGGGGAGGGACUACAAGGGGUCCUCCCCCCUUUUCCUCCUCUCUCCCUCCCUCCUUCCUUCCCUCCCUCCCUCCCGUCUUUCCUCGGCGGCAGCACUUGCGGCUGCUUUUUGGGACCAGAGCAAGUCCGUUGAGGCACCUGGCUGCAAGCAGCCGACCCAAGCAAGCAAGCAAGCAAGCAGGCAGGCAGGACGCGAGCGUCUCUCCACCAUCAUGUUGGCCAGCAGCGGCAAGUCGCCGGUUACCUCCGCCAGGGAGCCCAGAGCCAAAGUGGCCGAGAAGAGCGCCGAUCCCAUUCGAAGGCUGGCUGCGCUCUGACUCAAGUCUGCUGGACAACGAGGACGUGCGCGUGAUGAUGCGCGGCUCCAACAUGGUGAAAGUCCGCUCCGCCAGGUGGCAGAAGAGGCGCGACCUGCGCCUGCUGGACGACGGACUCACCGUGUGGUGCGAGUCGUCCAAGAGCUCCCGCAAGGCCAAAGCCCGUCAGACGUUUGCCGUGACUGAAGUGGAGUGCGUGCGAGAGGGCUGCCAGUCGGAGGCGCUGCGUCGGAUCUCGGGCUCGGUGCCGGACAGCCGCUGCUUCACCGUGGUCUUCAGGGGGGCCCGCAAGAGCCUGGACCUGCUGUGCCCGUGCGAGGACGAAGCGCAGCGCUGGGUGCGAGGCCUGCGCACCCUGAAGGAGCGCGUUGCCAACAUGACGCAGAAGGAGAAACUGGACCAUUGGAUCCGCGGCUACCUGCGGCGAGCCGAUCAGAACCAGGACGGCAAGAUGAGCUACGACGAAGUCCGCCGGCUGCUGCAGAUGAUCAACAUCGACCUGAGCGAGCAGUACGCUCGCUCCUUGUUCAAGAGGUGCGACCGGUCCGGGGACAGCCGCCUGGACCACAACGAGAUCGAGGAGUUCUGCCGCGAGCUGCUGCGCCGGCCCGAGCUGGACGCCGUCUUCCGCCACUACUCCGGCAACGGCUGCGUGCUCUCCACCGCCGAGCUGCGCGACUUUCUGGGGGACCAGGGAGAGGACGCCAGCCUGGCCCACGCCCAGAAUCUCAUCGGCACCUACGAGCUCAACGACUGGGCUCAGAAGAACCAAUUCAUGACCCAGAACGGCUUCACUAUGUACAUGCUGUCGCGGGAGAACGACGUGCUGAACCCGGAACACGCCCGUGUCUACCAGGACAUGAGCCGCCCCCUGGCCCACUACUUCAUCUCCACCUCGCACAACACCUACCUCACCAAGGACCAAGUGACCAGCGCCAGCAGCACCGAGCCCUACAUCAGGGCUUUGAUUCAAGGCUGCCGCUGCGUGGAGCUGGACUGCUGGGACGGAGACAAAGGCGAGCCGGUCAUCUACCACGGUCACACGCUCACCUCCAAAGUGCCUUUCAGGGAGGUCAUUGUCACCAUCGCCCAGUACGCCUUCAAGGCGUCUCCGUACCCUCUGAUCUUGUCCCUGGAGAACCAUUGCUCCGUGGAGCAGCAGGUGGUCAUGGCCAAACACCUCCACGCCAUCCUGGGCAGCAAGCUGCUCAACAAGCCCCUCAGCGGCCACUCGCUCAAGGACCUGCCCUCACCCGAAGAGCUGAGGGGACGUAUUCUGGUCAAGGGGAAGAAGCAGAUCCCUCAGCUGGGCCAGCUGGGCAAGAACGGAAGCUACGGCAGCUUCUCCUCAAGCUCCGAGGACGAGCAGACGGGCGCAAACAAGAGCACGCCCAAGAAGGACCCAGCCAAGGUUUGCUCCAAACUGAGCGUGGAGCUGUCAGAGUUGGUGGUGUACUGCCGCAGCGUCCCUUUCUGCGGUUUCGCAAACGAGGGUGAAAAGCCGGCGGAUGAAAUGUCCUCCUUCUCCGAGAACGACGCCCUGAAGCUCAUCAAAGACUCGGGGAAGCUCUUUGUGAGACACAACAGCAGGCAGCUGAGCCGGAUCUACCCCUCCGGACAGCGUCUCCAGUCAUCCAACUUCAACCCCCAGGAAAUGUGGAACGCUGGCUGCCAGAUGGUGGCUCUGAACUUCCAGACCCCCGGUGAGCCCAUGGACCUGAACCAGGGCCGCUUUCUUCCCAACGGCCGCUGCGGCUACGUCCUGAAAGCCGACUUCCUGUGCAGCGGCGAUUCCGACUUCAACCCGGAAAACACGGGCGGGGGUCCCGGUCACGUCCCCACCCAGCUGACUAUACGAGUGAUAUCGGCUCAGCAGCUUCCGAAAAUCAACACGGACAAAGCCAGCUCCAUUGUGGACCCGCAGGUGUGGGUGGAGAUUCACGGCGUGGCCAUCGAUAACACCAGAGACAAAACGCAGCGUAUCGACAACAAUGGCUUCAACCCGCGAUGGGACUGCACGCUCAGCUUCCAGUUGCAGGUUCCUGAGCUGGCGCUGGUGCGCUUCGUCGUCGAGGACCAUGACCACAAAGCCAAGAACGACUUUGUGGGACAGUUUACGUUACCCUUCACCAGCUUGCGCACGGGUUACCGACACGUCCACCUGCUGAAGGCCGACGGUUCUCGGCUGGCCCCCGCUACGCUCUUCAUCCACGUCAAAGUGUCCCGCAAAGGUGUUCCCAUCAAACACGUGUGUGAAAGUACGCCGUGCCCCAGGAAAAAAAGUGUCAACCUCAGUAAGUAAGUAAGAGCUUCUUAGUUCCGGGCUGGCUUGGGCUGGGCAAACUCAAGGGACACAUUAGAUGUUUCAAAUGAGCCAGCUCAAAAAUGAAUUCAAAUGUUAAAUUAGAAUGAAUUCGACUUCAUUUUUAUUCUUUUGAUUGAAUUCAAUUCCAUAUGCUACGUCAGCAGACAAAUACCUUUUUAUAGGUACCGAUUUUAAAUAGCCUCUCCACGUCAACAAAUAUUGUCCCUCCUUGCCUUCGAUGCACACAAGCAGCACUUCAUUGCCUGGAAGCACAGUGUGCUAUUUUUGCUCGCACUAAAGAUGGAUUUAUUUCAUCAUUAAUAAGCACUAAUGAAGAACUAACAAAGGGGGGAAAAAAAGUCCCAUUUACUGUACUAUGGCACUUUUAAUGUCUCAAUAACUUGAACUUCAAAUGACAAAACGAGCAGUAUUAGAAACAAAUGUUUACGCGUGUCCUAAUAUGAACUCAAAAACUAGAUUUCACACAGGCUAAGGAAAGGAGAUGAGUCAAUUUUGUCAUUUUGACUUUGAGACCAGUGUCGAUUUCUCCAUUUCUUGUCCAAUUCGUAUGUUGCCAAAAUACAACAAACGAAUUGGAUGAUUGCUAAAGACAAACCAUGCAGUAUUACAAGUCAUUUCUUUUUUUGCAGUUUAAAAGGUCAUUUAUGCUGUGGUCUAUUUAUUGUGACUAAUAUCUUUAUUGCAAAUGAAGAAAUACACCCACUAUUACGAAUCGAUAGAUGUACUCAAAGUCAUUAAUAUUGGAGACACUUCUUUGUGUUGAUCAUUGUUUUCUUGCUGGGUUUUGUAACAAAGCACUUCUUAGUGCUGGUUGUCCUUUAACUUGAUGUAACCUUGUCAUUGUCACCCACGAAGUGCCAAUAAAGUUUUGACAGAGACCA